AUGUCUCGACACCGACUUUCAAAAUUUAAUAAAUUCGAAACUCAACAAUUUUGCUUAAGAGCACCUAAAAUUUCAAAAAAUUUAUCAUCUAAUCAAGAAGAUAAGAGUAUAAAUGAAGAUUCUAAUAUAGAUUAUGAUGAAUUUAAUUAUGAUAAUUGGAGUAAUAAUGAAUUAAACUGGAAUAAUAUGCAAUUUGAAAAUGAAAGUUAUGAUAUUGAUUUAAAAAAAGAAUGUGCAUUACAAGCUCAGCAAGAGUGGUUUUUAGUUGAAGAACUAAAUUCUUAUAUUAUAGAACCAUUUUCUUUAAUUUAG